AAAAAAAUAUUUUUACUGAAACGCUAUUACAUUAUUAGACAAAUAUUUUUCUAAAAAAGAAUUACGAAAUAACUUUUAAAUGCAACAAUUUUCCUUUUGUUUCUAAAGUAGGUAAAGAGAUUUCAAUUCUUCCUUCGAGAUUGAUUAGUUCCAAUCUCGUCCACUACAAAAACAUGAACGUCAGUGUUGUUUAGUAGUAAUGGUUUGUACACAUCACAGAUAUGAUAAGUGAUAAGCCGUCCCUAAGGCCAUAUUAUUAACAUAUUUAUCAAUUAUUGUUUACUUACAGUCAGUGCCAAUUCUUAGCUACGUUUCUGUGAUACCUUAAAAUAGAUUACAAAACAAAAAUGUCCUUGUCAAAACCUAUUAUGAAUUUACUGGCAUCGUAUUUACAAAAUCUUUAUUUGCAUCCAAUCAGGACCAAGUCCAUUACGAGUUGCGUUUUGGGAACAACAGGAAGCAUCGUGUCACAACUUUUGGCUGGAGGAACCAUUCGAUCGGACCCGAUUCUCGCCUUCGGUCUUUACGGUUUACUAUUCGGAGGCACCAUCCCUCACUAUUUCUAUGAAUUGGUCGAACGGCUGUUCCCUGAAGACGUCGUAGCGUUCCCGCUAGCCAAAAAGCUUCUAUUCGAAAGACUGAUCUAUGCGCCUAUGAUACAAGCCUUCUCAUUGUAUACCCUGGCCAGGUUUGAAGGCAAGAAUCACAGCGCGGCGCUGAAGCAACUCAAUGCGUUGUACUUGACUGUGCUGGAGGCCAAUUGGAAGUGGCUGACGCUGUUCCAAGUGAUUAAUAUGGCCUUCGUGCCUCCAAUGCUACGAGUUCUCUACAUGAAUCUGGUGGGACUUGGAUGGGCCAUAUUCCUAGCCAACAAGCGGCGCCAGGCGAGUCAAAAGAAGGAAUAGUUCUGGCUUAAUUUUCAAAGGUGACAGAUAAAGACGGUCGCAAAUUAGCACUUUGGAAGUGAUAAUAUCGGUCAGAUAGGUCUAAUCUCAUGAUCAAGCAAGGGACCAUAAACAAAGAAGGAAACUGUACUCUACAUUCCUAGGAAGUUAAUUUGUUAAGCAUAGUUUUUGGCCAAAUGUAUUUUUUUUUCUAUUUUGAGGUUAUGUAAGGUAGGUAUAUAAAAGGGGUAAUGUAUAUUUAUGUAAAAUAAAAUAAAUUUUUGUUACUUCAUUUAUUUUACAACAGCAAUUGUUUAGUCCAUUAAUCGAUAGUAUAUUUACUAAUAUAAUCUGUGGAGUUAUCUAAUACUAUUUUCUAAAAUCAAAUCGGCGAAAUCAAUUCUUCGGCUUGCGGUGCAUUUAUAUCGUUUUUGUAUUUAAAGACUAAUUACAUAUAUUGAUGUUUUAUAUUAAAUUUGUUUUACUAUUA